GCAUCAAUCUAUCACCAAUGGCCCCAAAUUAUAAUCCUUCCAUUUUCUUGAUUCUAGACUAUAUUCCGCCGCCUCCUCCUCAAAUACCAUCACCAUCGCCUCCACCACAGCCACUUCCUCCUCUAUUCCCAUCUCCGGAGCCUGAAAACUGUCCUCCGCCACCUUUUCAUCAUUAUCUAACACCAUCACCGCCGCCACCACGGCCACUUCCUCCUCCACCACCACCACUACAGUUCUCGAGCCCACUAAUAAAGAAAGUUUAUCCAGUCAUCAAGAAUUUCCAGACGCUAAUCGAAGAUGAUCCAAAGAAGAUACUCAAAACAUGGGUAGGCACCGACAUUUGCGCUCAGGACAAAUAUAUAGGACUCGAGUGCGCCAAGUUCCCUGGAACAAACGACCUCGCACUUGCCAGCGUUCAGUUCAACAACUUUAACUUGGGAGGCAAGAAACUCCGCCUAGAUAACUUCCUCAACAAGUUAGAAGAAGUCACCAUCUUCCACGCAAACAGUAACAAUUUCGUGGGCUCUGUUCCAAAAAUCAGCAAGUUGAAGUACCUUUUCGAGCUUGAUCUCAGCAAUAAUAAGCUCUCUGGAGAGUUCCCAAGCUCUGUGUUAAAAGCAACGAACCUCACGUUUCUCGAUCUCAGAUUCAAUUCUUUCUCCGGUUCUGUACCUCCUCAGGUUUUCAAUCUCGACCUCGACGUAUUGUUCAUCAACAACAACAAUCUUGUUCAGAGACUCCCUGAGAAUCUCGGAUCCAUCACUGCUCUUUACCUCACAUUUGCUAACAACAGAUUCACAGGUCCUAUUCCGGGAAGCAUUGGUGACAUCAAGUCCCUACAAGAAGUACUUUUCUUGAAUAACAAGUUAACUGGUUGCUUACCGUACCAAAUUGGGAAACUUAACCGAGCUACGGUUUUCGAUGUUGAGUCAAACCUGUUAACCGGUCUGAUUCCAUACUCCUUUGGAUGCCUAAACAACAUGGAAGAGCUCAAUUUGGCUAGAAACAAGUUCUACGGGACUAUACCGGAGAUUGUCUGCGAGCUCUCAGCCCUCAAGAACCUUUCUCUCUCGUCCAAUUACUUCACGCAGAUCGGUCCAAAAUGUCGAACACUCAUCAAGAGGAAGAUUCUUGAUGUGGGUAUGAAUUGUAUACUAGAUCUUGCUAAUCAAAGAACACCAUGGGAAUGCGCCAAGUUUUUCUUGCGGAAACAGAGUUGUCCUAACUAUAAGUCUUUCUUUUAUGUCCCUUGUGGAAAAAAUCCGCACCGGAUUAAACCAGAUCAAGAAGGAUUAGACGGUCAGGCUUCGCCGCCGGUAUCUUAUGGUGCUCUUAACCCAGACCGGAUUCGGAAUCUCUAGCCAAAACCAAGUUUCUCAUAAUAAAUGAUAUUCAUGGUUUGAUAUUUGUAACUGUGACUUAUUGAAUAAAUGAAAUAUUAUUUU